CACUCCUCUCCUCCGCACCUCCAUGGACCCACAAAACCUCGAAUACAUCAACAAGCUCCUCGAUAGGGAUGCGAAACUCAGAGAAAAAAUCAAAGACCAAGUAACAGAGUUUGACAAAAAGACGCGAACGCUCAGUGGAAUGCUCAAUAAAAUACACUCAACUCCGACUGAUCAGCUUCCAGGUCUCCUUGAAUCCGUACAGCCUACUCUGGACAGCUGCAGGGAGACGACCGCAGCUCUAGCUGCGCUGAUCCCUCCCGAUCAGUUCUGGCGAUGGAAGGAUAUGUGGUCGACGUCGUUACGCAACGCUGUCUUUGCUGCAGCCUUAAUUGAUUUCCUGCGGACUGGAAAGUUGCUUACGCUACCUCAAGCGAGCGAGGUGCUCGGAAUCCAGCAGGAAUGGCAAGAUCGAUUCGCUCUAAGCACAGAAGACUAUCUGCAUGCACUAAUUUCUCUCGUCAAUGAGUUGUCUCGUUUGGCAGUAAAUGCGGUGACAAUGGGCGACUACGAGCAGCCUAUCAGAAUCUCCAUAUUUGUGAAAGAUCUAUUUGCUGGUUUUUCCAUGCUCAAUCUGAGAAAUGAUACUUUGCGCCGUCGAUACGACAGCUUGAAGUACGAUAUCAAGAAGAUUGAAGAAGUUGUAUACGACGUUUCGCUCCGUAAGCUGGCGCCGUCUACGUCCGACAAGGACCUGGGGGCAAACUGAGAUCCAAAUUAUGGGUACCACGCUUUCGAGCGGACAAUUGCAUGUCGUUACGCUUUGCUCAUGCUUUGCCGUGUGUACAUCUGUACUACUAGUAUCAUAUACGUCCGUGUCAUCAGUACGUGCACGAAAUUUGACUGUGGAAAGCACCA